AAGCGGCGCUGCUCUGUGUCAACAUUACAGAGAGAUGAACAGCAAGCAGCAGUUAACCGAGCCAACGGACGCGUGUGUAACCGGCCUGUUUCCGUGAACAUCUCGGGGAGCGGCGUAGACAGCCGGCUGUUUUGCUUUCAGAGCUUUCAUUAGCAGCAGCAGGAGGGGUCCUGAGCGUGACAUGCUGAUAGAGGAGUAUCCACCCCACUGAUGGAAACCCAGAGGAAGUGCUCUGGGGAUGACGAUGGCGGUGGUGAGCGAGGACUGCUCCACACUUGGAAGGGCUACUCCUACAGCGUCACCCCCGAGAGGCUGCUCCUCCCCCGGCCAGUCCUUCAGGUUGCUCUGGGCACACGGCAUGGCGUUCUCCUGGUGGAAGGGGGACAGGUGUACAGCUUCGGCGAGUUGCCGUGGAAGCAGAGUCAAGUGCCAGAGCCGGCCAAACCAACCCUGGAGGGCGCGCUCAGCGGGCAGCGGGUAGUCGCAGUCGCAGCAGGAAGCUUCCACUGCGGGGCUGUGACGGAGGAUGGCGGCGUCCACAUGUGGGGGGAGAACGCUGCGGGGCAGUGCGGCUUGUCGAGCCUCAGCAGCGUUCCCAACCCGACCCCAGUCGCCCUGCAGGAGUUGGAAGCUGUUGCUGCACCCCCGCAGAUGGUGCCGGUGCUAGAGCUGGCCUGUGGGGAGAAGCACACGCUUGCUCUGUCGGUGCAGCGGGAGGUGUGGGCGUGGGGAAGCGGCUGCCAGCUGGGCCUCCAUGCCGCUGUCUUCCCUGUGUGGAAGCCUCAGAAAGUGGAGCACCUAGCGGGCCGGUAUGUGUUACAGGUGGCCUGCGGGACCUCGCACAGCCUUGCUCUGGUGCGCUGCCUGGGGUCUCACGACAGCCACCGGCCACAUGUGGACAAAUGCGGCAGGUGUAACCAGCUGCUCUACACAAUGACGGACAAAGAGGACCACGUCAUCAUCUCUGACGGCCACUACUGCCCGCUUGGCGUGGAGCUGACUGAGGAUGAUGGCAAGCUGGAGGCUCCUGCUCCCAGUGCAGGUCUCAAAACAUCCCCAUCAGAGCCAGUGCUCCCCUCUUACACCUCAAAGCUUGAGUCUCCUGCAGUUGCUGCAGACGCUGACCCCACCUCUGACCUCUCCCACCCCGAGGCCCCUGAGGAAGGGGAAGCAUCUUUGGUUAACGGCGUGCUCCAAGCCUCGGACUCGGACACCUUGGCUCCAUCUGAAGGCAGUAGUGGCGCUGCCUCCGGGGUCAAGAGCUCCCCGUAUCCGGACGAGCAGGCCGUGAAGGAUUACCUGAGGAAGCUGUCGGACAGCACGCAGAUGGAAGCGAAGGCGAGCGGAGGGCUGCACACUCUGCUGCCCUCAGCUGGAGGACUGAUAUCCUCCACCCCCACCUCCACACUCAACAACCUGGUGGCCUCCUGCGCCUCUGCGGUGGGCGAGCGGGUUGCCUCCACCUACGAAGCCCUGUCCCUGAAAAAGAUGAUGAACUUCUACCUCCCCUCAGGAGCGUCACGGUCAGGAGGAUCCCCCGGAGUGGUCGAUAACUCAGCCGAGCGUGUCCGCCAGGAGGACUCCAUGCAGGGGAAGAAGAGCUCCAGCACAGGGGACAUCCGCGAGGAGGAAGCCGACGGCCUGCGGCGCCGCCUCUCACUCCCGGGGCUGCUUUCACAGGUGUCGCCGCGGCUGCUGAGGAAAGUCGGUCGUCCCAGGGUGCGAGCCGUUGCCCUCACCCCUCUGGGAGGGGCCGUCCCCGAGGACCAUGAGGUGCUGCCCACCCUGCAGACGGAGGUGUGGAGCUGGGGUCAUGGCGAGCACGGGCAGCUGGGACACGGAGACAACCUGGCCAGACUGCAGCCGCUCUGCAUCAAGAGUCUGAACAACAAGGAGGUGGUGCGGGUGGCUGCCGGCGCUCACCAUUCCCUCGCUGUGACAGCUCACUGUCAGGUGUUCUCGUGGGGCAGUAACAGCUCCGGUCAGCUGGGACACAUGGAGUCACCGAGCACCGUGCCCCGCCUCGCCAAGCUGUCAGAGGGGAUCCGAGUGUGGGACGUGAGCGCGGGAGAGAGACACACCCUCCUGCUCGCAGACGGAGACUGCAUCCAGCCCAUCAUUUACUACAGCGGGCAGCAGGUGAAGGAGGGCGAGGAGGAGCGGGGCAAUGGGAAGGAGCUGCAUCAGCAGGGAGGAGGAGAGGAGGAGGAGGAAGAGCAGGCGGGGGGGUACACUCAGCAGCCUGUUCUGCUGCCCUUCUGCAUGAAUCUCGGUUAUGUGAACAGCGUGUUUGCGGGCGGGCGGCGGUGUGUGGCGCUCUCUGACAGGAACGUGAUGGGCUUCAUCGCCAGCCUCCAUGAACUCGCAUCAACCGAGAGGAAGUUUUACUGCAAGCUGUGUAACAUCAAGUCUCAGAUUAUCCGCCCGCUGCUGGAGCUGGAGUCUCUGAGCUCGGCCCUCGGUCAGGUCCUCUUCGGCCUCCUGCAGACGCUGGCGAGCAGGUUCGCCCGGCUGUGUCACCUGACUGGGCAGCACGCCACCAGCCUCACUGCCAACCUGCGGCGUGGCCGUGAAGUCAAAAACCUGCUCAUCCUCGAGCACAUCAGCAUUUUCCUCGACUCUUACCAUGAUUACUGCAGUGCCGUCGGAAACUUCCAGGUGAUGGGAGGCUUCCAGGCUCUGACCAAACCCUCCGUAGACGUGUUUGGGAAAAGUCCGGAGCUGCUCCAGAAGCUGUCCGAGUGCAGCGAGGAGAACCUUACCACGGCCGACCUCCUGGUGGCGCUCUUCUACCUCCCGACGCACCACGUUUACGAUUACGGCCGGCUGCUGCUCAAACUGGCCACCUGCUUCGAAGUGUGCUCCACUGAGUACCAGAAGCUGCAGGACAGCUGCUCCAAGUUUGAAGCGUCGGUCCUGCGACUGAAGAGAAAAAGGAAAGAGGCCGACUACACCGUUCACUUCUUUAAGAGCUUUCCUGGAAAAAUGACGGACUCUCUGCGAAAGCCUCACCGGCGGCUGAUCUGCGAAAGCAGCAACAAGGGUCUGACCCUGCAGAACGCCGGCAGGUUCUCCGUCAACUGGUUCAUCCUGUUCAACGACACUUUGGUCCACGCACAGUUCUCCACCCAUCACAUCUUCCCGUUGGCCACACUGUGGGUGGAGCCGAUCCCUGAAGAGGACACGGGCCUAUAUGGGUUGAAGGUGAUCACACCUGAGGAGACGUUCACCCUGCUCGCUUUGACUCCCAUGGAGAAGGCCAAGUGGCUUCGCUCCAUCAACCAGGCGGUGGACCAGGUGCUGAGCGGUGCGGGGCGGGACGCGGCGUCAGGCGGCACGGUGCAGAAGUUGGAGCCUCCCGUCUCCAGAACGGCUUCCUACACAUUUUAUAAGGAGGGGCGGCUGAAGGAUGCCAUAUAUGAGGGUCGCUGGCUGUCUGGAAAGCCCAACGGCAGAGGCGUGUUGAAAUGGCCUGAUGGGAGAAUAUACACGGGGACGUUCAAGAACGGACUAGAAGAUGGCUUUGGCGAGUUUGUGGCUCCCAAUAAGACGCUGAGCAAGAACGACCACUAUCAAGGUCACUGGAAGGACGGCAAGAUGCACGGCCUGGGCACGUACAGGUAUGCCAGCGGUGAAGUUUACGAUGGGUCUUUUCAGGACGGCGUGCGGCACGGUCACGGCAUGCUGCGCAGCGGCAAGCUGAACACCUCGUCCCCCAGCGUCUUCAUCGGCCAGUGGCUGCAGGACAAGAAGACGGGCUACGGAGUCUUUGACGAUAUCACAAAAGGAGAAAAGUACAUGGGCAUGUGGCAGGACCACCAGCGGCAGGGCACCGGAAUCGUGGUCACCCAGUUUGGCCUGUACUACGAAGGAGCCUUCAAAGACAACAAGAUGAUGGGCGCUGGCGUCCUCCUGUCAGAGGACGACACGACGUAUGAGGGUGAAUUCUCCGACGACUGGACGCUCAGUGGAAAGGGUGUGCUGACCAUGGCGAACGGUGACUACCUGGAGGGCUCCUUCAGCGGUGAAUGGGGCUCCGGGCUCAAAGUAACCGGCUCCUACUUCAAACCACACCUGUUUGACACCGACAAGGACAAGACCCGAGCCGUGAAGCUGGGCCGUCUGUGCGUGUGCGCCGAGGAUAAGUGGCAGGCAGUUUUCGAGGAGUGCUGGAGUCAGCUGGGCUGUGAGGCACCGAACCGAGGGGAGCCCCAGAAGGCCUGGGAGAACAUCGCCGUGGCCCUCACCACCAACCGGCAACAUAUCCUGGACAGUCCAGAGAGUUUGUCUCGGUGUCACAACAAAACUCUGGAGAGUCUGGAGGUCAUCCCGCAACACGUAGGACCAGUCACCAUGGAGAGAUAUCACGCCAUCCGCCUCUACCUGAUCAAGGCAUGUGACACCCCGCUGCACCCUCUGGGCCGGCUGUUGGAGUCCCUGGUGGCGGUCUACAGGAUGACCUACGUGGGUGUCGGAGCCAACCGUCGGCUCCUGCAUCAAGCUGUCAGCGAGAUCAAGUCUUACCUCAACCGCAUCUUCCAGAUAGUCAGAUUUCUAUUCCCAGACCUGCCAGAAGAGGGCGGCCUAAUUCCAGAGCCGACCACCGACCUCCAGGACAAGAAGUCCGACAACGCCGAUGCUCCACUGGAGUCGCCCAAACCUGCCCGUGUGGUGAGCAGCUCUGCUCUGCUGCUCCCCGUCCUGCUGCCCCGUCUCUACCCACCGCUCUUCACCCUCUACGCCCUGGACAAGGAGAGAGAGGACGACGUGUACUGGGAGUGCGUCCUGCGCCUCAACAAGCAGCCCGACCUCGCCCUGCUCGCCUUCCUGGGCGUUCAGCAAAAGUUUUGGCCUGUUUCCAUCCCCGCCUCUUUGCCUGCACCGGGGGAAAAGCAGCAGGUCAUCUCCAGCACCAAAGACGCCUGCUUUGCCUCUGCAGUGGAAACACUACAGCAGAUCAGCACGACUUUCACCCCGUCAGACAAGCUGCAGGUGAUCCAGCUCACCUUCGAGGAGAUCACACAGGAGGUCCAGACGCUGCUGAAGCAGGACUUCCUGUGGUCGAUGGACGACCUCUUCCCCGUCUUCCUCUAUGUGGUGCUGCGAGCUCGUAUCAGGAACCUCGGUUCAGAGGUCAGUCUGAUCGAAGACCUGAUGGACCCCUGCGUUCAGCACGGCGAGCAUGGCAUCAUGUUCACCACCCUCAAGGCCUGUUACUACCAGAUCCAGCAUGAGAAGAUCACUUAAGAUGAGGCUGCUGCUACUUCCUUACUUCCUCAGUGAUCUUCAUGCUGCUGCCCCACCUCCCCUCCCCUCCCCUCCUCUCAACUCCAGCAGCCAGGCUUGAGGACGACAGACAGGGCGCAAAGGGUCAUGUGACCGAGUUAUCAAAUGCUGCUGAGAGACAUCACAUCACAGACCCUCCCUCUCUGAUGCAUCCACAAUGAUGAAGGUAGAAAGCAGAUGAGCAGGGUCGCACCGUCCAGUGUGGGUGGAGUCAGGAAAUGCAAAUGACUAUUAUUAAAUCACCUUCUUCACCGGUUACUAGGGAUGGAGUUCAAAGUUCGUCUGUGGGAUGCUACACCUUAUUUUUAUUCCUCUUUAAGCUCUUUACUGUGGGGGGAAAAAAAAAAUCUGGAAACAUGGAAGUUUGCGCUGUGACACCCUCAGUGCGUGAAGAGGAAGUAAAUCGUGACAACCUGUGGAUUCAUAAACUUUAUCUGAGAAGGAUGCUUCCUGUUAGUGUCCGUCCUGCCCACUGCAGGGGGAGGCGGUCCUGAAUGGAUGAAACAGGAAGUGUUUUUGUAAGUAAACCUGACAGUUUUUAGAGUUCAUUACUGCCCCCUGGAGGAACCUGCUGCUGCUGCUGCAGUAGAUGCAAUUCCACCGUCAGCCACAGGGGGCAGCAACAAGCCCGCUAUCAAUACAAGAAAAACAAACUGACAAAAAUUAUUUUUGGUUUAUUUGAAGAGGAUUUAUCUGGAUGAGCUCACAGCCGUGUUUCAUACUGUAUUUAUAGAAAGCACACGGAGUGUGCAGCAGGUGACUGACGUGACUGUAGCUCUAAGUUUAUGUUUUAUUCAUUUGAAGGAUUGUUAAACACGAGCUUUGGCUGGAUUGCUGACUUGAAGGCACAUGCACACAUCUUCUAAACAUGACCUCGGACUGUUAUGUUAAAGAUGCUCAUUCUUCCUCUGGCGUUUAGUGCCGUUUAUCUACCUGUGCACGUGAUUUUGGUGUCCAGUUUUGGAGCUGCCAGCUGUAGAGAUGCGUGCCAUUCGCCCGGUGGUGCUCAAAGCAAAACAAAUCUGUUUAAAUAUCUUAGAAGUAGGGCUGAGAACUUUUUGUUCCAUCUCAUCUCACCUGGCAUCACUCUCAGUCACAGCAGCUGCUGAUUUGUUGAGGAUUUAGUCACUUUUCACAACAUUCAGCAGCUUUUUUUCUCACACUUCCUGAUGUUUUGCCCUCACGGUGCAGGCACAACAUGGUGAGUGAGUAGCAAGGCAAUAUGUAGUCUUUACAUGGAAAUGUGGCACAUUGAAAGCACAGAAAGUGUCAUUUAAAGUAAAACCAAAGGUGACCUCACCACCGCACGAGCGCACCGCUCUUUGGAGUCAUUUUGGCCUGAUCGGCUCAGUAAAAGAGGCCAGAUCGGUCUUUACCUCCAUUUCAAUGAUGUGUCAGUGCAGGGAGAUGCUGAAAAGACGAUGCUUCUUUCUGCACAGGGAUACAGUUUGCAGGUGUAUUGGCAGCAGUGGGGGCAGGAAGACAGUAGUUUCAGCUUGAUAGAUUUUUUUUUUUUUUGUAUUUAUUUUUUGAGUGAUGAGGUUAUUUAUGAGUUUGCUAAUGUAUUUUUUCAGCCUCGAGCACCACAAGGCGAGCUUCACCUGGUUUCAUUCGAUUAAAGAGAAGGCUCAUUUCUCCACAGUCUCAGAUGGAUGAAUAGCGCUACAGGCCAGAGGAAAAAUAUGUACAGUAGAUUUUUUUUUUUUUUUUUUUAAGGUGAGCGAUCCAUUAUUCAGUCAGCUGAAAUAUCUUUUCACUGACGAGUUUUUGCAGGAGGCCGCUCUGCUUUGUGUUUCUGAGCCCAGCGUUCAGUAUUAUUAACAGGACAGUUACGCAGCUCUUUUGGAAAACACAUUCUGCUCUUAUAACUGACUUUUCAAGCUAAGGAAGACAUUUUUCCUUCAAAUUUUAUCCCCCCAAAACAACUGAAAAUUCUGCCUAUUUUUGAGGCGUGCAUGUUUGUUUGUUUUUGUUUUUUUUUAACCUGACAAUGACCAACAUUUCUCCCCUAAUUCGCUCGUGUUGUAUCACUGCUACCUUGCUGAACAGCGCUUCCUUUUCAGCAGCUCGAUGAUAACUUGCUCGCUCUGCGGUUACACAGAGUUGAGGUGUGUUGUGCUUCUUGGAAAUCAGCGGCGUCUGUAACCUUUUACUGAUCUAAUGUGAAGAUAAAUUUAGCAGCUGAUUGGCUUAUUUGUUGUCUCAAAUGUUUGCAGAAACUCACUCUGCUGGAUCGUUUCUGAAAUUUAAGAGAGAAAGUUGGCACACAAGCUGCUUUUGGUUUAAAAUCCAGGAGCAGAAAGGCCACGAAGGGAAUUUGCACAGUUAUAGGAGAGCAAUGCUACAGUCGCACUAGGGGAAACAGAGGUUUGAGAUGGCAACGCGGCCAAAACAUUAUUCUUGUUGUAUAAUGAACUUGCAAUGGUUCCUUCAAAGACAGCAACCAGGCAACCACUCGCAAUCAGUCAGUCUGCUGUCAGUUAAUGGAGUCGAGUUUGUGAUAAUGCACCAAUCAACUGUGCUAAAAAUGCAUCGUUUCUAUUCAGAGUGCAGCCAGAUCCUUACAGAAAUUCAAAAAUUCCUUCAUAAAUAAUGACAACGUUGCUGCAGGACAGCAAUAUAACAGCAAAAUGACACAGGUGCUGGGCAACCUUGCUUUUAGAUCAGAAUAAAACCAGAAUAUAACUGGGUGGCAACCAGUUGAGUCGAGUUCCUUAUUGCAAAGAGACGUGUUGCAGACAAGUUGCACUCAUCCGCACAGACUGACUCAGAUUGUUGGCAAUCUGUUCAUAAAUUAGGCAGCAAUUAAUCGCUGCAAUUAAUUACUUUUGCCAAUCUGUCUGAAAGUAAUUGCAGUCCGAGUCAGACUGUGAUUGUUUUCAGACCAGUUGCCUCCCAACUGUGCAAUCGCCUUGCAAUCAAAAGUUGUUGGUCGCUGCCGUCCUAUUUUUACUCCAGUGUGACUGAGCCCAUAGAGAGGAGGAGAAGCUGUCAGUAUCUACUGCUGGGAAGCAGCGUGAUGCCUCACAUGCAGAAACACCACCUACCAUCAGUAUAAAUCAUCUUUUAGCAGCGUGCAGUGACCUCUGACCUGCAGGCUGCAGGGAGCUGCAGAUAUCCAGACAAUGUUUCUAUUAAUCACACAGUUACAGGUCACACAGCCAAUGGAGGAAACUAACCACCAAAUGAAGGUCCAAAUGUCACUGAUCUGCAAAAUAAUCAGUGCAAAAGGUCAAAUUUGAACUCUAAUUUAACCAUUUUAAUGAAAAAAUGAGUAUUUUUUUCCCUUUUGCAGGUGAUGUCUGAGCAGAGACGCAGGCGGCUUUAAUGCUGCUGUUACAGACAGAAUAUAGUUCAGAGCUCCGCGCCAUCUGUUAAUGCUGCUGCUCUUUUUUUAAAAAACAACUAUCAGGCACCGUUGCUAACUUGUGAUCUGCGUCACACAUGCCAGUUUAAAAAAGAGAUUAAGAGGUGAUCCUUUCUCUUUUUUUUUUUUUUGUAAUGCCCCGGCCUGCUUUGCUUUUCUCACAUAGUUUUCACAGUAGAAAAGCCAGCGGGUCAGAGGUGAAGCUGCUGCUCUUUCCCUGCAGGAUAUUUGGAAAUCAAGCAGAAAAACGGACGACAGCGGUUAUUAAAUUCAAACCUACUGAUGUGAACUUCUUAUAGUUGAUGCCACUGCUUUUAUCUGCCUUUAAAGCAGGUUUGCAAACGGUAUUGUGCCCCCCUGUUCAUGAGCCUGGGCGGUAUUGUCUUUUUGAGAUCACUGAGUUCAUCCCUGAAAUACUUCCUCCACACUUUAAUCCCACAGUUAUUUGCCAACUGUGACAUUUAAGCCAAGUUCUGCUGUUAUUCGAGUGACGAGAAAGCACCCUCCGGUGUUAUUCAGCAUCAUCUCCUGUGUGUUUGUAGUUUUAUUCAAAUCUGAAGGCUGACAUGGUUCACCGCUGCCUGUAAAAACUGGUUUUCCCGACGGCGACACAGCUGACUGAGAAAGCAGAUGACUGAUGCAGCGGUUGUUCACACGCUGACUGACUUUGUUCAGUUCUUUUGUGCUUAAUGUAAACUGAAGGAAAUGCUGACGUUUUAAACCUGCGACUGGUUAACUGACCGCACUUCACUAACGGUUGUUCUGCCAAUGGACGCUUGGUGUUUCCUCGCUGUGUCGAGGCUCACCUGUGUGUCUUUUACUUGAUGUCAAACAUGUUGUACUUUUAGUUGAUGACAAAGGGCAAUAAACUCAU